CCUAUGUGAUUAGAGAUGAAGUGGAGAAGUAUAACCGAAAUGGGGUAAAUGCACUUCAGCUGGAUCCAGCAUUAAAUAGACUCUUCACCGCAGGCCGAGACUCUAUUAUAAGGAUAUGGAGUGUCAAUCAGCACAAGCAAGACCCUUAUAUAGCAUCUAUGGAACAUCACACAGACUGGGUAAAUGAUAUCGUGCUCUGCUGCAGUGGUAAAACAUUGAUAUCUGCUUCUUCAGAUACUACUGUUAAAGUGUGGAAUGCACAUAAGGGAUUUUGCAUGUCAACACUAAGGACGCAUAAGGAUUAUGUGAAAGCCUUAGCAUAUGCAAAAGAUAAAGAACUGGUAGCAUCUGCUGGGCUGGACAGACAGAUAUUCCUCUGGGAUGUAAAUACUCUAACAGCACUGACUGCCUCAAAUAACACCGUAACAACUUCUUCCCUGAGUGGGAACAAAGACUCUAUCUACAGCCUUGCAAUGAAUCAAAUGGGAACAGUUAUUGUAUCAGGGUCCACUGAAAAGGUUCUAAGGGUGUGGGAUCCGAGGACUUGUGCAAAACUAAUGAAACUCAAAGGGCACACAGACAACGUCAAAGCUUUGCUGUUGAACAGAGAUGGUACCCAGUGUCUUUCAGGCAGCUCUGAUGGGACUAUCCGCCUGUGGUCCCUUGGGCAGCAGAGGUGUAUAGCCACAUAUCGAGUCCAUGAUGAAGGUGUUUGGGCUCUGCAAGUCAAUGAAGCCUUCACUCAUGUUUAUUCAGGAGGAAGAGACAGGAAGAUUUAUUGCACAGAUUUACGAAAUCCUGAUAUCCGUGUGCUUAUCUGUGAAGAAAAGGCACCGGUUCUUAAGAUGGAACUUGAUAGAUCAGCUGAUCCUCCUCCAGCACUUUGGGUUGCAACAACUAAAUCCUCUGUGAAUAAAUGGACUUUGAAGGGAAUUCAUAAUUUUAGAUCAUCUGGAGAUUAUGAUAAUGAUUGUACCAAUCCUAUACCACCCCUAUGUACACAGCCUGACCAAGUUAUAAAAGGGGGUGCCAGUAUUAUUCAGUGCCACAUUCUUAACGACAAGAGACACAUAUUAACCAAAGACACAAAUAAUAAUGUGGCAUACUGGGAUGUCUUGAAGGCAUGUAAAGUUGAAGACCUUGGGAAAGUAGAUUUUGAAGAAGAAAUUAAGAAGAGAUUUAAAAUGGUGUAUGUGCCAAACUGGUUCUCAGUGGACUUGAAAACUGGGAUGUUGACAAUUACUUUGGAUGAAAGUGACUGCUUUGCAGCCUGGGUUUCAGCAAAGGAUGCUGGAUUUAGCAGUCCAGAUGGUUCUGAUCCAAAAUUAAACCUUGGAGGGCUUCUGCUACAAGCCCUUCUGGAGUAUUGGCCUAGAACACACAUCAAUCCAAUGGAUGAAGAAGAAAAUGAAAUAAAUCAUGUUAAUGGUGAGCAGGAGAACAGAGUCCAGAAAGGAAACGGAUACUUUCAAGUGCCACCACAUACACCAGUUAUUUUUGGUGAGGCUGGAGGACGCACUUUGUUCAGGUUAUUAUGUCGGGAUUCAGGUGGUGAAACUGAAUCUAUGCUUCUUAAUGAAACUGUGCCACAAUGGGUAAUUGACAUCACUGUGGAUAAAAAUAUGCCCAAAUUCAAUAAGAUUCCCUUCUACCUCCAACCUCAUUCAUCAUCAGGGGCAAAAACUCUAAAAAAAGACCGACUGUCAGCAAGUGAUAUGCUUCAGGUAAGAAAAGUGAUGGAACACGUGUAUGAGAAAAUCAUAAACUUGGAUAAUGAGUCUCAGACAACUAGCUCUUCCAAUAAUGAAAAAGCAGGAGAACAAGAAAAAGAGGAGGACAUCGCUGUGCUAGCAGAGGAGAAGAUUGAACUUCUGUGCCAGGACCAGGUUUUGGAUCCGAAUAUGGACCUUCGAACUGUAAAGCACUUCAUUUGGAAGAGUGGUGGUGAUCUGACGCUUCAUUAUCGCCAGAAAUCAACGUGAAGGGAGUGGUGGACCCAAAUGGUUACUUAUUUACUUGACCAUACUGUACUGGUUCCAAGAGUAGUACUAUAGAAGCCCACUGAACCCCUAAGAUAGAUGAGACUUUUAAUGACUCAGUGUGGAUGGAAAGUAUACAUUUAAUUGAAGUGACUAAUAGAUCUGUAAUAUAGAGGAAAAAAAAUCUAUAUGACUUAAACUAAAGUCUCUCCUAGUCUCAGCCAAUGAGAUGGGAAGUCCCCGAGUGGUUCGUGCUGUGUGAGGUGUACAGAGAAUGGGUGAUAAUCCAGUGCAGACUUUUGCUUCCUCCUUUUUGCUUUUGUUUUUCCAGAACAUAAUAUCUUCAUCUGCUCACGCUUGAUAUGAAACAAUUUUGUCCAUAUUAGUUGCUGUGUUCACAAUAUAAAUCAGAACUGCACACAAGGUAUUUUUAGUACAUUCCAUUUGUUAAGUUCC